UAAAAAUGGCUGCCGUUGACCGGUUUGACUACCUUCUGCGAGAGAUUCUGAACACUUGUGGCGAUAUUCGAGAUGUUUUUGCUCUUCUUGGCGUUCUAUAUUCAGCAAGAAAAGUUUACAAUAUUGUAUCAAAAAUAUGCAGUUGUUUAAAUAUGCAUCUGUUCUCUAAACUCUCUAGUCAAUGUGACUUAUCAGAGAAGUUUGGGCAAUGGGCAGUUGUAACAGGAGCCAGUGAAGGAAUUGGAAAUGCAUAUGCCAGAGAACUCGCCAAACGCAAAGUCAAUAUUAUUCUUAUUAGUAGAAGCAGGGAAAAAUUAAACAAGGCUGCAAAAUCCAUAGAGGAUGAUUACCAUGUGAAGACAAGUUGUGUUGCUGUAGAUUUCUCCAUCGGCAGGGAUACAUACAACUUUAUUUGGGAUAGCAUCAAAGAUAAGGAUAUUGGAAUUUUAGUGAACAAUGUAGGUGUGAUGUAUGACUACCCCCAGCAGUUUCUGGAUGUCCCUGAAGAGAGAUUGUGGCAAAUAGUGAAUAUAAAUGUGGCAGCAGCAACAAUGAUGACACAUAUGAUUUUACCGCAAAUGGUUGAAAGAGGGCGUGGAGCAGUGGUGAUAGUCUCAUCAGGAGCCUGUACACAGAUUACACCCAUGAUGACUGUGUAUGCUGGAACUAAGAGUUUCUUAGAUUAUUUUGCCCAAGGCUUGCGAUAUGAAUAUCAAGACAAAGGCAUUGUGAUACAAUCCCUUCGUCCUUUCUAUGUGAACACAAAAAUGACCCGCUACAGUAAGACUUUGACCAGCCACAGUUUCUUAGUGCCAACAGCUGAGGUGUAUGCUGGGCACGCUGUUGCAACUCUUGGUCACAGCGGGAGAACCGCCGGCUACUGGCCACAUACAUUGCAGAUGUGGUUGUUUGAGGCGAUCCCAGAGUGGCUGUGGAUGUGGGGAGCCAUGAGGCUGAACCAGGCCCUGCAGCGCCAGGCCCUUGACCGUCUGGACAAGAAGGAUCGCAUCAAGUCCUCCGACAGCAUGAACACAAUAUCAGAGACCUUACUAAAUACUUCCAAGAAAGUGUCCUAGCUACAUGGCUCUACAUAAUUAAAUCCUACCACUACCGUAUUGCGACUUAAGUUCUCAGGAUUUUAGAUUCACCCAACUUCAGAUGUUACUGAUAGUUAACACAAUAGCAGAAUCUGUGAACACAACAGCAAAGGCUAAAAGCCUAGAUACUUUCUACAAUGUCAUGUGGUUUUUGGAACUCUAUAACUGAUGUUUUAUAGGCAACUUAACAUUUACAGCUUAACCACACUCUCCACCAUAAUUCGAACGCUCAGACUUGAAUCCUCACAGACUGCCCUAAAAUACAUGUAUGAAGAUAUGCUAAACCACCAUACACUGAAACAAUACCUUUUUUGUUUUGGAUGAUCUAAGUAGCAGAAGUAGUUCAUCAUUAAUCUAAUUUGGUAUUUUGACUGAAAUAUAUGUUUUGUAUUUCAUUUUCUUUGUUAUUGAUAUCAUGUUUUAAUAGUUGCAAAUGCUUGUUUGAUUCCAAUUGCUUCUGAAGAAUAAUGAAUGAAUAAUGAUACUAAAAUUGAGACCUUUUAAAGUGGUGAAAACCUAUAUUGUCUUUUGAAUUAAGUCUUGUAUUCAUAACCUUUUUUAGAACUGAGUCAUGUUCGCUGUUCACAUGUUGUAAUAUGUUGUUAUAUUGACCUAAUUAUGGGAAGUUUAGAUAUUAAGGCAAUGCUACACAACUGAGGCAGAUAAGCGAUAAUUGUGUAUUUUGCUAAAUGGUCAUCAAUUUUCUUUACUAGAUCUUCCAAUAUCUUAAUACAGUGCCAUGACAUGAACUCAUAGAACUAUGUUUUUUACAGGUCUGUGGUGUUAUUGAGUAGGCUUUGUUAUUGUGAUGCCCAUUGUAAGAUAUUGUGCUAGACUUGUAUUAGUGCCAAAUUUUACCUUUAAAAAUCUUUCAUCUGAUGUUGAAAUGAUAUAUCCACUGAAACAAACACCGCUUAUCACACACACAGGCAAGCACACACGCACACACUCACUCGCACGUGCACUUAGAUAACUCUUUUAUUGAUAUUUACGUGAUUUUCUAAUGUGUUAGAAGAUGAAUUGCAUGUAAAAGUGCUUAUAAACCUAAUACGAGAGUAUUUAAAAUGCAUGUAUAAGUGCUAAUAUAUCGAAAUGUAUUGUGCAAUAAGUGUAAAUAUAUAGUGCAUAAUUAAGAAAAUGCAUAUUUCACUAUUAUGACCAGGUCUCAUGUUGGCCCGUUUCAUUGAUGUAUAAUUAUUGUUUGAUAUUUUCAUUGAAUUAACUUCCUUCUUUUAUACAAAUGAUAGAUAGUAAAACAUAUUUUUGCUUUUGAAGUUUAUAAAAAGAUACUUAUCUUUACUUAAUAUCAAAAUAGUUACAGGGAAGAUUGUUGUAUAGAUUUAUAGAUAUUCAUCUGUAUUAUUGUCCUGUUUAACAACUUUAACUCAUUAAUACCGAAACUGAUGAGAAGUGCCUUGGACUACAUGUACAUAAAACAAUAUGAGGACAACUUGUGAUAAUGACCAGUUUCCUCUAGAUGGCCAUUGUUUAUCUUUAUUAAGAUCGCAAAGGUUUAAAUGUAUUGUUUAUUUGCUAUAACAAUUGAUGGUUUACUGUUUUUCACUUUGUAAUACAUUCUAUUCACAUUCACAUGUCCGGUGUAUGAAAAUAUAGAAGCUAGGAGUUUGGACUAUUGGAACUGUAUUGUACAUUACUUUAUAGGAAAAUAAUGGCAUCAAAGACAACUACGGGCACGAUAACCAUUAUAUUCCGCCUUUUGUUAUUGAUCGUGAUGACGAAGACAGUGACACUCUCACCUGUGGAAAAUGUGUCAACCGUUACAAGCUCACCUGACGAGCCGGUCCAACCCGUGGCAAUCCCCGUCAACAGAGUCUCGUCUUCUACACUAAAGCAAUGCAAGGUCGUGCCGCAACAUGAGCACGUGGUUGGAGACAUACAAAGCGCACUAGGCUCCGAUACGAAGAUGAUCAAGUAUCAUUUAAAGCUUGAAAAUGGGGACAAUACGUUUGAAGGGAAGAACAAAAGUGACGCGUAUAAGCUAUUAUACUGGGUGAGAACAACUGGUCGUCACGGCACCGGACUCUUGCUCUUACGCCAUGAUUAUGACAUUCUUUCACUGACGACACUCGAACUUGGUGUAAUUACAAUGAACGUUCUUAUACAGGAACAUCCUGUCAACUGCUUAACUAAUCUGUCCCUAACAGACAUAGAAGAGUUAUUCCGUGAACUUGUGAUGAACGACUUUCAGAACAAAAGUUCCGGAGAGGUUUUGGAGCUUGCGGUCACAGACAAUGUGUGCAACUUGCAUGUGUUUAAUGACUCUGGCACAGCCCGUUAUAGAUAUAUGUGCUGUAGCCGAGACUCAAGCCGGUACCUCACUUGUCAUUUUCUAGAGUCGGACAUCUGGCUAUCUAUUCUGAUGGUUUCAAUUACCAUUCUGAAAAUUUUAAUUGUCUUAUACAGCCCGCGUUUCGUACCACAGUCAUUAUAUCGUUUACAAAACUUUGCUAAACCGUUUGUGCAUAAACUUGAUCCAAUGAGAAUCAAAGUUGUUCGGACCAGGACACCAGAUCGGUUCAAACUUCCAGACUCCAACGCUGAACAAGUUACAACGAUAAAGUCUAAAAAAUUCAGGCUUAUGCCCAAGAUUGAGGAUACCCUCAGUAGCCUUCGCCCGGAGGUUCCGUAUACAGUGACGUUAGAAAAGCUUCUUUUGCGCGUGAAAAGUGAUAGACUGCUUCCAGAAGAUUACGCACCAGUAGGUCUUAUAAAAGCAUUGUACGAAUCCUUCGUGAAAUGUGAAAUCCGUAACCGUUCGUCAGUGGAAGACUGUUGUAAAGCUGAUGUCUGCAGUGCAGUGGCAUGUACAAAGAAAAUGUGUUCCUGGUAUCGUUUGUUGAAAGAACAGAUGAAAGUGUUGAUCAUAUUGUGUCUUGCACUUCCCUGGUUGAUGAGGACAUAUGUGUAUUUUAUAUAUGAACAAGACGAAUUAAACUACAGACGAAAGGACGCACAUGAACGAAACCUGAAAUUCUAUUUUCCAGGCAAUUUUACUUCAUACUUGACACCACUGCACGUGUUGUUUCUCACAAUGUAUUGCCUACUUAUCAUUGAGUCGUUCACGUACGGUGUCAUUCGAAAGCAAGCCAGAGAGCGGUUCAAAUUCGUCUUAAGGAAGUGCUUCUGCGAUAUGGCGGAUAAAGAGAAGAUGUACGUAUUCGGUUGGCUAAUGAAAAAUCUUCUGAAGCCCUGUACCCAUUUUGGUGGUUUCGGAAUAUGUGUUGGACUUUUCAUGUUUGCUCUAUUUUCGCCAAUUAUCUUCUUUUUGUUAGCAUUUUACAUGCUACCGACACUGAACAUAUCCUGUAGGCUGUUAGCGCAUCUGUUUCUUUAUCUUUGUCCAAACUGCAGGUGUUUGUCAUCCUGUGUAUGUUUACAGCGAUUUAAAUCAGCUUUGCAAAUUGAAGCAAUAUCAUCAAUGGAAGAUUUAGAAAAGGACAGACACGUACUGAAAUCGCCGGCUAAAAGAGCAAUUCAAGUUCUGAUAAUCAUACUAUGUUUGAUUUCAUUAUGGUCCGUAGUUUUUCUUAUAACCGAACUGAUAUCCUUUUUUGUUGAAGUCGUUGUGUAUACACUCAUGGGCCUGGUUUUGCAUGCGUCGUUGACAUUAACGUACGUUUCCCUGCUUUUAAUUUUGUUUUUCUACGCAAGUGACUGUUUUGGAACGGUUACCCAAACUUACUUGAAAUUCAAUGAGACAAUGCAUUCUGUUGUCACAGGAUUACUUAAAGAAGAGACAGAAAAGGAGGUACGGAAAAGCGAAGAGAAACAAGAAAAUCUAGCAUUUAAAAUGCCGCUGCAAGAUUUCACUUCCACAGAAACAAAUGCAGGACAAGAUAACAACGUUGAACAAAAACCUUCACCAAAAAGGGGACUCAAUAUCGAAGUAAUUGACGGUAUACCCCAAUGGACUACAUCUCACCUUCUACUCUUUCUUACCAGGAAGGACCAGCCAAUGAUUCCACGACGGUUUUUCUUUGAAUCGUGUAAAAUGCCGUACUACAAUGUGCCUGGUGAGCUUUUACUUAAAUACUUGUUUGCAGCAAUGGAAUUUGGAGUUGUUAUUAUUUUCUUGCUUUUCGUUUUGGUCGUUGUGUUAGCAUUUGGAGACGCGUACAAUGUGUCAGCCACAAACAAGCUUCUAGCAACAGUCGCAGGAGGAUUUAUACCGUUUAUGUUGAAAAGGAUUUUGAUUAAAACACAUACUGUAGCUGAGGUUGAUACAAGCGAUAUUCAUUUUAAAAUUUGUUUGAAUGAGCUCGUCAAAAGUUACAAGGAAUCUUGGCCGAUCUUUGACAUUGAAGUAAAAUCAUGUGAAUUGGAUUCGGAGGACAUUAAACCAAAAACCAGAAGCGAAGAAACCGUUGGGAAAAAUGAAGAGCAAGCAAUUAAUACAUCGGUAAGAGUUGACCUGAUUAUUGAUAUAAGUGAGGAAAGACACGUAGUCAGAAUAGACAAUGUCGACACCGCAGACAAUCGCCGGGUUAAAUACGGCUUCAAUAAGGAUGUCGGCUCGGUUUCAAUGCUUGACCAUGAAGACUAUAAAGAUGAAGACAUUGUGUGACUUCUUUAAAUCGUAGAUUUUUUUUAUGACAAUCUGAAACGGCUGCCAUAAAACAUAUAAGGCAGCUUCAAUUUGUAUUGAGAUUACUGCUAAGGUGUAUAUGGAAUACUUUUUUAUGUAUAUUUCAAUGAAUGUUUGCUUUUGAUAACUAACAGUGUGUUUAAAUUAGGUAACUUAACAUUAUUUUUUUUGGAAACUGUAAUAAAUGAAAUGUUUGUAGAAAUGGCAAAAGUGCUGAAUAAAUGAAUGCCCAUAAAAGGAGGUAUUAGGUCCCCUUAAACGCAAAAAUGUUUUUAUCUGCAUGCUUAUUAAGUUACAUGAAUUGUUUUCUAAGUACCAAGUAAAAUAUCGCAUUGUGGUAUACAUUUAACAUUUUUAAACAUAACUGAUAACUGUUCUAGUAAUAUUAUUGUCUGAUGUAUGAUAUAAGAGUUUUGUAUAAAUGUAAGCAUUGUUUGCUUGUAUAUUUUGUAUUGAGUAUUUUUGCUUCAACACGUAGUUAUUGUUUAUUAUACCUAUUUAUACAAAGAAACAUAAUUAUGGAGAGCAAGUUCGCUGACUGUAGCCAAUCUCUAAGUAAUGACCCUUGACCAAGUAUACACUGCAUGCGAGGAUUAACUUAUGUUUCCAGUGCUCUCGUUGUUUUAUAAUUUAAAAGUACAUCAUUAUAUACAAUCUGUAUUAACUGCAUGUCUCAAAAUACUCUUGUUAAAGUGUGGCAUACCGAGUGGCUCGAAAUAAUACAAUCAACAAAUGUAAUACAUAAAAUAUAGCUAGAGCGGAAAAUUUAAAGCUACAACUGCAUUUAAAAGUGCAGCUUAAGCUAUAAAAACGGUACCUUUUAGAUAUCCAGCUGUAGGAAUGUAACGCCAAAUGUACAUGAACUCAAAUAUUCCAACAGCUCUUCAAAUAAUUAGAGACCUCUUCAAAUGAUUUUAAGACAUCUUUAAAACAAGUGAAGACCUCUUUAAUUGAUUUGAGGAGGUCUCAUAUUAUAUUUUGCUAUCAUUAUAUUAUUAUUGCUAACAACAAUUCAAUUGUUGCUCUCAUUAAUUGUAUUAUAGAGCUCUUCAUAUCAAUUGCAGAGAGCUCUAAAUCAAUUAAAAAAUAUGAGGGCAACAAAUGGUUUGUUGAAUAAUUGUAGAGCCCUCCAUUUUGGUGCCAGAAGUAUAGCCGUAUUUUAUAGCCGUGGCUUUACUUUUAAACAAAAUACAUGUUACAUUUGAACAUUAAACAAUUGCUAUAACUAUGUAAUAGUUAGAUGACAUGAAGUAACAUUUUAAUGAUUAAGAACGCGCGGAGUAAGCGUAGCGAAAAUGUAAGUUGUAUUCUAAACAGCUUUAGAAUACAACAUACAUUGACAUUGCAAAUCCGAUACACAAACCUUGCGUCAGAUUUUGCGUUGACAAUGAGUCAGCCGAUGAGGAUGUAUUCUACGUCAGUAAGAUGACCUGAAUUAAAAUCUUUAUGGUUAAGAAGGGCUCGUUCGCUACGCUCACGCCAGCUAUUCUUAAUCAUUAAGAUUUUAAUUCAUGCCAUCUUACUUAGUCUGAAUAGUUACUCAAUCGACAUUGCACACAUAAUUUAUAUUAGAUAUACUAGCACACUGCUCUUGUUAAAACUGAAAUAAUACUGUAAGGACGUAAAGAUGCAUGUACAUAGGGCUUUUUUAGCCUAAACCACAACGUUGUCAAUAACAAUUGUCCCAUUUGGUUGCCGGGGCACAACAAUGCAAGAGAGCGAACUUAAAUUUAAAUAAGAAUGAUCAAGUUGAUUUAAUGACUCAACUGUGAUUUUUUCCACAAGUUUAUGACUGAACAGCCAUUACGACCGUUUAAGGUAUCUCGGAAAUUUCCCUACGUUAAUCUAUAAAGAAGUUCAAGUUUUUUUUUUAUAGAUUCUUUUUAUGGAAAACGUGUCUUAAGAGAUAAUCACUUAAGGAAAUGACCCUUUUUUGGUUGUUUGGAUAUGUUUAAACACGGAAGAAGGUGAUCUUCUGCAGCGUAGCUUCACAAUCUAUGUCAUAUAAAUCUAACUAAAUGUGUUCAACCUAAAAUAGGAAAAUAAAUACUAUUUGUUUCUUAUGCAAAGUAAAAUUUUGAUUUUCAUUAAAGAUAAUGCCUGGU